GCUUAUGCCUUGGGCCGACUCUGAGCUAAUAUUUGGUUAAACAGCAUUGAUAAUCUUAACAAUAACAACAACAACAACAACAACAGCAAUAAUAAUAAUAAUAAUAAUAAUAAUAAAAACAACAACAACAACAAUAAUAAUAAUGAUAAUAAUAAUAAUAACAACAACAAAAUAAUAGUAAUAAUAAUAAUAAUAUGUAUACGCUAAUUACAAAAUUGUUAAACUGCUUUAUGAACUCCCUUUCUGUACUAAUUCCUGAAUCUAAUAUUCAUAAAAAUAUAGGAAGCAAAGUGACCCUCAUUAGUAUUUAUUUAUUUAUUUAUUUAUUUUUUUUAAAUAUGGGAUUUUUUUUUUUGGAGGGGGGGUUUUGACGUCACGGAGCCCCAUCCAUCCCUGUAUUUUUCCCUGUUUGGGGCGGGCAGGAGUCCUCCCCCUUUUUGCUGCUGCUUGAUUUUUUUUUUCCUUCCCUGUACAGUAACUUGUUUUGUCCCAGUUUUCAUUGUUGAAUUUUUUACACCCCGCCAUUCUUCGCUUGCUGCUGGAUUCGUUCCAACCCACGCGUGAACGGAAACUUGCGUGUUGUUAGUUCAAUACGAGUCUAGACAGCGGCCGCUUCUCUCCAGGGGAGGUAAAUAUACAUCUGGCGAGAGAAUGAAUAAAAGGUGAACAGCAGAUGAACUGGUAGCCAAUCACAAUCCGAGCUUGAGGCGGCAUCCAGGCUCUGAUUGGUCAGUUUCACCUCGAGCUCUAGCUCUUAUUGAUUCGUUCUCUGCAGAUCUGACUAUCAUUCUCCCUUUCUGGGUUACUGUACUUUCUAGCAGAAGAGCUUUAAAAGAAAAAAAAUAUCCUUUCUACUCCCCCUGCUAUCCUUCUGGUGAGUGAAACGCACAAUUUUUAUCGGCGCUACAGGUGUAAAAUGACUGUUACGCAAUCUUCUAAACGUCGUGUGUCAGCUAGAAGUCAGCAUCAUCGUUACAUGACCAUCCUCUGCCUCACCAGCGUAGCUUAGCUUUGUUAGCGUCAAAAUAAUUCACAUAUUCGCAAAGGUGUAAAGGUGUAUUAUCGCUUCCUGUAUCCAAAACGCGGACAUGAUGGAUUUCUCUCUCUUGUUUGCCGCUUAGAGCAUCACCCCUAAAACCGCUGGCAGCACCAUGACGGAGGCGGAGGCGUUAGAGAAGAAGCAGCAGCAGCACAAGCCCAGCAACGGGAAUGUUCCUCCAGAGGCCACCAGAGAAGACGUGUUUGAUCACACAUACAAAGAGAAAGAAGGCCCCAAACCUCCAAGGAUCAUCGUGUGGAGAAAUGUCAUAUUGAUGUCUUUAUUGCAUAUAGGUGCCCUGUACGCCUUCUUCCUCAUCCCUUCAGCAUCUGUUUUGACCUUGCUUUGGUGUGAGUAUAUGUAUCCUACCUGUUUGCAUCAGUUCUGCAAAAGUGAUGAUUAGGAUUGUUGCAUUGGAUAUGAUAUUGAUGUAUAUAACAGCUGUUAUGUCAGUGGCCCUGCCCACUCCUCGCAUGGCGCUGUACUUCAUGUUCCCAGUAUGUGGCAUGUGCUGGGAUUAUAUCAUCAGCAGGGAUUUCAUGUCGGAGCAUGUAUAUAAAGUUGUAAAUUCCCUCCUCUGGCAGACAGUUUGCACUCUUAAAACAGAGAUCGCACAUCAUGGAAGGAAAGCGAAAAAAUUAAUACAGCUAGUUAAUCAUCUUAACUGCAUGCUUUAUCCUAGGCCUGGGCGAUUUGGCAAAAAAAAUGAUCACGAUAGAUUUUGUCAUAUCGUCCGAUCGCGAUUAUUAUCACGAUUUUUUUUUAAACUGCCUGUUUUAAAGUAUGUAUACUAAAAACUAAAGAAACUAGAGAUUGGUUUAACAUUUUAUGAACAUAUAAAGUAAAUAACAAAGCAAAUUGAAUAAAAUACACAUAGAAAAAUAUUUAAAGAACAUUUUAACUCACCAGUACAACAAAUGUAGAUAAAUAUUAAAUAAUACAGUGAAUUAGUUUACAGCCCUGAGUGUUUCUGCAGGUAUGCAAGACCCAAAAGAAACAAAUCGCCCCCUCAGGGAUAAUGAAGACGCCUUAAAAUGUAAACAUUAGAUGAUGUAAAUGUAGAUGAUAUAAUUUAUUGCUUUGGUUGGGUAGCUGCCGCGAUAGUUGUGGCUAAACUGCUAAUGCUACUCGUGCUAAUGCUACAUGUGCUUUCCGCAUAAUCAUUCAGGAAGUACUUCUUCAAAUGAUUCAACAGAUUUGUUGUGAUGCCGUUUUUUGAGGGCACCGAUCGCCGACAUACGUUGCAUAUCGGCUUAAUUGCUCGACGUCACUUUGGAGAUACCCGAACCACUGCAACACAACCGACGUUGAAUAACUUCUUAACAAUAACAUCUUCUGAGGAUGACUCAAAGUCACGGCUGACAUUUACUUUGCUGCCCUCAGCUUUGCGUUUAGCUCCAUGCUCAGUUGUUCUGUUUACUUCUCUGAUUGGCUGUUGUGACGCACAUUUCCGCUAUGUUUGAUGGAGUAAAUAUGCUCACAGCUGAUCACCGCGAUCAAACUGAAAUUUAUCACGAUCAUAUAAUCGCCUAGUCCUACUUUAUCCUCUUUUACACCUAAUUGUUUUAAGUCAGGGAGUCAGGUUUCUUUUACAAAACUACAAAAGCUGGAUUUCAAUGCACCCAGUUCAUACAUCCAAUCAUCAAAUGGUUUUUUUUUCCAACCAUCCAUCUAGUCAUUAUCUGAUGUGACGUAAUAAUUACAUUACCCAGAGUGUAUCACAAUCCCAUACAGCAUGCAUUACUUCGGUUAUGGUUAGUUAAUCUCCUGGGGAAUAAGUAGACCGCAAACCAGCUCAACUUAAUGCAGAUUUCAAGGAUUUUCAGCUUGCUGUAUCAUGCAGAGAGCUCUAGUGAUACAUUGAAAGCAAAUAUGUUAAUAUUUGCUUACAGUAGAAAGGAUUUUGCUUAAAAAAGUGCUAAAGACAGAAGUAGAAAGUCAUUGGAACUAAUUUGUUGGUGUAUUUCUCUCCGCAGCUGUCCUUUGUUUUUUGAUAAGUGCUUUAGGAGUCACUGCAGGAGCUCACCGCCUGUGGAGUCACAGAUCCUACAAGGCCACAUUACCUCUAAGGAUCUUCCUCGGUGUCGCAAACUCCAUGGCGUUUCAGGUGCCUAUAAAUGACACACAAACAGACAUCUGGCUGUGAUAAUAGCUGUUUUCACGGCCGUGUAAGUACCAUAUUGCAGCCGCAGCGUGUGUAAUCUCCGCCUCUGCUUGAACCCGCAGAAUGAUAUCUUCGAAUGGGCUCGAGACCACAGGGUUCACCACAAAUAUUCAGAGACUGAUGCUGACCCUCAUAACGCCGUGCGGGGCUUCUUCUUCGCUCACAUCGGCUGGCUGCUCGUGCGCAAACACCCGGAUGUCAUUGAGAAAGGGCGCAAGUUGGAGCUCAGUGACCUGCUCAACGACAAAGUUGUAGUGUUUCAAAGGAAGUAAGUAAAAAAUUGGUGCUAAAUAUGAUAAAAUGCUUUAUUAAUUUGACUAGAAAAGAAGACAAUAGUAAAUCUAGUCUCAAACAACAUCAAAUAAAGAAUAAUUAGCUCAAAAAAACUCCUCCACCCACAACAGUUUGCUUUCAACUGCCAGAGAUAUGUCUAUACAGGAACAGAUCCGUGAGUAAUUCUGGUUUAGCAGGCUGACAGUUAUAUGUCAUGUUAUCUAUGUUGGCUUGUGUGUUCACUGUCAUGUGAAGAAAGGGUCUGACAAUGAGGACAUUUGUGUCGCGCACUGUGUAAACAGCUCCAUUCGUUCUCCUCUCCGCCCACUUUCUUUAGGCACUACAAGCUGUCCGUGCUGCUCAUGUGCUUCUUCAUCCCCAUGUUUGUGCCUUGGUACCUGUGGGGGGAGUCUUUAUGGGUGGCCUACUUCAUCCCUGCUCUGCUGCGGUACACCUUGGUGCUGAACGCCACCUGGCUGGUUAACAGCGCGGCUCACAUGUGGGGGAACAGGCCCUAUGACAAGAACAUCAACCCGCGGGAGAACAAGUUUGUCACGUUCAGCGCUAUAGGUACGAGAAACUCAGACACAUGUCGAGAUAACACAAUAAAUGCAAAAAAGAAAUGUAGUGUCAAUAUAAAUGUGUCAUUUUGCUGUUGUAGUCCUUCUUUAAAGAGAGUUAACAUUUAAGUUUAGAGGGCUUACAUUGACUGUUAGGCACACUCUUUAUUUACAUACGGCUGCUUUGACAUUUCAAGAGACCAUGUGAAGUUCAUAAGAGGAUUAUCACAAAAUGCACAAGCAACUCUGAACACUCUAUACCCAAAUUCAUCCAAAAUACUCUUAUAUGUUUUCUGUAUGCCUGAAUGUUGCUCCACUGUACUUCACUGGUCUCCACUCACCCCAGAAGAAUCUCUAAAUGAACUAGAUCUACUUUGAUUUCACUUAGUUUACUCUACUGAAAAUAGUUCAACAGACAGUUACACUGAAGAUGCUUCCAAAUGCUUUACUCUGAAUUUUUUUGUGUAGCUUCUUUUCCUUAAAAGUCACUCAGUACGUUUAUAUGCGCGGAUAAAUUGUGCUGCAGUCAAUGCUCUUUGCCCCAGUUCACAUGCACCAGGUAAGAUUUAAAUCAUUGCGUGCCUUCCUCUGCUGCAGCAGGUUGCAACACGCCCCCCUUUUAGUUUGUUACUAUCAUAUGACUGAGAUAUUACAAACCAAAACAGUCGGCACGUUAGCAAGAAGGAAUUGUGGUGUAUCAACAAGAACUCCACCACUUUCACUGGAAAGUUUCUUCUUUUUACGUCCUUUCUUUAUCUGUCAAGGUUUCGUUUCCUACCUGGCUGCUUAGCAACACAUUUAUGCUAUUCAACCUUCGGCUUAGAACUUGGCUUGUGAACACUGGGGGCUGUUUUAUUGUUUUUUUAUUGAACCGUAUAUAUGACAUGGAAAAUAGACCCCUAACUGCAUUACCCAGGUAUGUUAGUCUGACUACGAGAAGUUUGUUUUAGUGGAAUUAUGAUUAAGACGAACAAGUUUUCAUGUUUUUAAAAGUUCCGUUUCAGUCCAACUAAGGUAAAAUAUUGACUAUUUUGAACUGCAUGUAAACGCACUGACUGUCGAAUUUAUCAUUUGACGAACAGGUGGGGUGAGCAAAGGGGCGUGUCAAUCUGGUAUCUAACAGUGAGAUAAUCUGACUGUUGAGUAUUCCCAUUUCAACGCAGUGUACCUUUAAAUCAAAUGCAAAGUACAAAAAACAUUGAACCAUUGAGUGGUCUUAUUCCAAAGUAGUUGUGUUCUUUUAUAAACAAGCAUAAUUUCCAACUCUGAUAAUUGCAUCCAAAACAUACAGCAGAAAAUGAGGGCUUUACAUUUUCAGCCAUGGAUAUCGGCACAACAACAACGAGGUGUAGACCAAGCCAAAUACUGCAGUUACUCACAGUCAAUCCCAGCACAAACAGUAUCAGCGCUGCCAGUCCAGCUUUGCACACAGAAGAAGUCUGCUUUGUCUUUUAGAAUAGCACAUAAUUUGAAGUCCUCAUUAGGACCCAACCGAUAUGGAUUUUUUGGGGCCGAUGUCGAUACCGAUUAUCUUAACUCACGUUACUCAUUUCCGGUCCGGUCUCAUUUGGAGACAUGCAGCUGCCUCAGUAAGAGUUCGUAGCGCGAUCACGUUAUGUGUACUGUUGUUUAUUCUACCUUUACCGGCACGGCUAACAGUGUAGCAAGGCUAACAGCUGAUGGCUAACUCUAACUUUAGCUUGCAUAUUACAUGGUGCUGCACCGUUAACUCGGCGUGACCGAGACCAGCACAGCGGGGAACAUCGUGAAGUGGGUUGAACUGAAACUUGUUGACUUAUUGUGUAUUUCACAAACCGGUUUAUUUACCGUUGAGGCGGACCACUCUCCUCCGUGCGUCCCUGAGCUGCCUGCUUCAGAUCCGUCACUCUGCUGUGCUGUGAGGUAGUUAGUGAAUGAAGAUUGAUAUAAAGUCGCUGCGCCAUCUACAGGAUUAGUCUGGGAACUUUUAAAAUGGCGGAACAUUUUCGAAGUGAACCCGAAUCGUAUUCUCCGCAUUUUAUUUCUGAAAAUAUCGGCGAAAAUCCGCGAGUUUUGGCCGAUUACCGAUUAGUCUCAAACGGGCUAAAACUGGCCCUAGUCCUUAUGUGAAUGUGAAUUUAACAGCUCACCCUGUUUUUGUAAAGUAAAUCAGCAGCAUUCAAAUAGAUAAGAGAAAUGUUGUUUAGUUAUUACUCUAAGACAGCCAUUAAUCACUUUAAUGUCUAAUGAAAUCCUGUAGCUCCGCAGCGUUCAUCAUAUCCUGUGUCAUAUUUUUAACCUUUAUUCAUUGACCACUCUUUCUUGCAUCUGACAGGCGAGGGAUUCCACAACUACCACCACUCCUUCCCCUUCGACUAUGCAACCAGCGAGUUUGGCUGCAAGUUGAACAUAACCACUUGUUUCAUCGACCUCAUGUGCUUCCUGGGCUUAGCCAAGGACCGUAAGAGGGUGUCCCGCGAGGUGGUCCUGGCCCGAAUACAGCGCACGGGAGACGGGAGUCACCGGAGUGGCUAAGAUUGUGAAAACUGUGUCCAGCUUCAAGGAGAAACAGCAGAAGUUUCACAGUCCUUUGACAGCUCUACAUUCUUCAUCCUCUGAGGAAACAAGUCAGCUUCAUGAGGGCCUCGACCACAUUUUGCUUGUUUUUGUGGUUUUUUGUAGCUGUAACUAAACAAAAUUGUUCAAGAUGGAAAACAACCCAACACCUCUUGCAAAGCUCUUGGCCUCGGUUUCUUUCUGUUCAGAUGGGCCAAAGUGUUGCAAAGAUGUUUUAGAUUUUGAAGUAGAUCAAUUUUUUGAAAGUCAACUUCAUUCUCCGCUGUUUCUGUUGUCUUCAUGCAACGCCAUGUAGCUGAUCAUUUUUAUGUAAGUAUUACUCAAUUGUUAAAUUCAAGUAGACAGCAAGCGGAGCGCAGAAAUGAGGAGUUACAACCGAAAGGGAAAGAUACUGAUUGGAGACUGUUGCCUUUAUUGCGGUUUACAGCGAGUUUUUCCAGUUCUGAUAGAAAUUUGAAGCACCUGAAGAGCAGGAAAAAAAACAUUUAAUGAAGAGAAAGUUGUUUGCUUUAGUAGAACAUGGCACAUUUUGAAGAGUGAGGGAACCCAGACCAUUUUUAUUUUAUCUUUACUGACCAAGUGGUAUCCCAAAAGGGGGCGGUUUAUUCCAGCGUGUAACCAAACGAGGGGUUUUCUUUUGACAAAUGAAGUGACACACUUAUCAACAACUCAGAAAACUGCCAUCAAAAGAGACAAAUGUGAUUUUAACUUGAAACCAUGUGAUGUUUGAUUGAGUUUUUGUGUUUUUACUGACUAUAACAUAGUGCUAGAACGUGCCAAUUGUUGACAUAUUUCUAACCAUUUCAACAGAGCACAUUGAGUCGAUAUUGCUUCUUCAGUUAACAUCAUGGUGGAAGUACUUUUAACUGUGCGGCAUCUGUGGCUUCGCUUCCUUUUUCAGGCUCCUUCUAUCCCUCUUUAGCCCAGAUCUGAUUGGUGGAUGUAGCAGCCAGUCAUGUGUCAGUUCUGGCGUUGCAAAUGAAAACACCCCACUCCCCCAACCCCACCCCGUGCAUGACGAUAUUCUGUAGUAGGUGUCAUAGUGAGGUGUUUCUUCGGUGACUCUUCGGGCAGUCUAUUUUUGUAACGUACUGUGGAGCUGCAUCGCUUUCAGAGAUGGGGUCUGGUUUCCCUUUCGAUGUCCUCAAACGCUGAUUGUCACUGCAAAAUUUCAGGUGCAUCAAUGUUUAUGUUCAAUUCUGGUGUGCCGAAUGCCUAUAUUAUCUUAUUUAUGUAUUUAUUUCUUUUUAUCCUUAUUGACGAAAAACCUGAUUUUCUCUACUCCAAUAUUUGGCCAACAGUCUCGUAACGAACUAAAAAGCACCUGUUUGUUUUUUCCCCAAGAGUCAGGAAACAACCAAAUGCCUUAUGACUUGCAUCCAUUCCUGAUCUACGUCACGUCAAGACAAAAAAAAAGGUUCAAGUACCACAAAAUGAAUCAGAAUGAGGUUCAUGUUUACAGGCUGAAGCACCAGAUGGACUUUAAUUUUAGGCAAAUGGUAGCAUGAAAAUAUAUAAGUACUGUAAAUGCAAAUGGAGGAGAACAGGUGUUUGAUACAAACUCAACUCCUCGUGCAAACGUUCAAUCGACAGAUUUACUUGCUAAAUGAAUGCCUGGUGGAUGUGCCAACUAGUUUCCAACCCAUCACGGCAUCUUGAUAGGAAAUCAACAAAUUGAAGGUGCUGACAUGAGAGUCUCACAGCGCCAAACAAACCUGACAAUAUGUACCAAGCCAUGCAGACAACUCCUGCAGCCCAUAGCGCCAAACUCAACAUUUUCCCAACGGCGAUGAGGAUCAAAAAAAGGUUGUCACUCUGAAUGAUUCUGUCAAAUCUCAACUGUACUCUAUUCUGAAAUAAAAUUCACAAUAUUUUCAAUACACUUGUAAUUCCAUUAA